AUGUCAAAGGAAAAUGACUUUCUCUAUCAAGAAGGCGAAAAAGUCUUUUGUUAUCACGGGAAAGUAAUUUACGAAGCAAAGAUAGUAGAUACCAAGUAUUAUUUUGAACCAAAUAAGCAUCCAAAAACAGGCUUGUUAGGUCCACAUUAUCAUAUACAUUAUGCCGGAUGGAAAUCUUCAUGGGAUGAAUGGGUAGAUGAAUCAAGAGUUUUAAAAUAUGAUGAAGCGAAUCUUGAGAAACAUAAGCAAAUGAUAAAGUCUCUUAAGAAGAAAAGUCCAGCAAUCAAAAGAACCGUCAAUGAUCCAUGUUCAGAAAACAGUAGGAAGAGAAAAAAAGAGCAACCAAAUGAAAAAGAAGGGAUUGUAAAAAAGCCGAAAUCAAAGGAGAUCAUUUCUGUUCCUGAACCUCUUAAAGCUAUAUUGUACCGUGAUUGGCAAAACAUUCAUAUUCAUGAAUCGUUAGUGCCUUUACCGCGGAAACCAACUGUUACAGAUAUUAUAGAGGAUUAUCGUUCAACUCGAACGGAUUCUAAUCGUAUUGAGGAAAUCUCUGAUGAUGGAAUUGGAAAAGAAAUUAUCAACGGUUUGCAUUUUUACUUUAAUAAAUGCUUAGGUGUUCGUUUGCUUUAUAAAGGGGAAAGAAAACAAUACAGAGUCACACGACUAAAAUACGAGUAUUUGGAUAACUCUCAGAUUUUUGGUGCCGAGCAUUUGCUUCGAUUAUUCGUUUCUUUUCCACAGUUAAUAUCAGAUACAUCUCUUAGCCAAGAAACUUUGAAUGCUUUGAAAUUGCAUUUAUCAGAUUUCUUAAAGUAA